AACAACCGCAAAUUGGGCAGAUGGCCUCCACAGCUUCCCCCAACGCCAGAUCUGCUCUAACGGAGCUCAUGGAGCCGCCUACACCACAGAAUGAUACUAACUGUCAGGUCCCUUCAGGCCCCGCCAUGACCCCCUCUUCAUCCUCUUCGAAUUCUAUCCCUCACCCCCCACCCUUCCAUUACGGUCCUUACCAACGGAUUAAACUUCGCCGUGAUAUUCGCUCUCGUGUAUUGUAUCGAAAUGUCGGCUGUUAUAAACUGCAUCGAGCGGUGUUAAGGUACUUCACAAUGUCUCUCCAUGAGGACCCAAACUCUUGCCACAACCACCUUGACGCAGAGUCCUCGUUGUCUACUAAACUGUCAUCCUCUGUCCCCUGGAGGAAAUUCGCUGCAUCCUCCAGCCUAGCCCGGAAAUCGUGGCUACGAGAAAAGGAGGAGAAGUACGGAAAGAUUGGUGAUCGGUCUCGAGGUACGUCGGAUGAGAUACAACUAGGGAGAGGGUUCCAUCCAAUGCUUAACCCCAUUCCGAUGGAGGUUCGGCCGCCAGGAUAUCAGCAGUACUGUGUUACGCAAUACCUGACGGACCUCCAGGAAUUGGUGGCUAUUGAGACUGGAACUGAUUCUGAUUCUGAUAUGGGGGAUAAUACCAUACAAAUCCGGGUUAUGCAAGGGAACAGGAGUGAUCCUGGAGUGGGACAGUCUAGUUUGCCGCCGGCGGGGAAUCCAGAAGAUGUUAUUGAUUCGAGACUUGUGCCAGUUGUACCUAGAGCAGGUGAGCCACCGGACGUUCUCGGCGAGGGAGAGGAAACGAAGAACGAAGGGACCUUGUCACAAAGGAUCCGGAGUAUGUUUAAAGGAACAAAUUCGAUAGCACAGACACACCCCAGUAGGAUACCUGUGCCUAUCUCUCCCCAUCGUUCCUCUUCGUUGUCGCAGUCUUCAAGAGACGGAACCAAAGCAACUUCGAUGCCGCCUCCUCCAAAGCGUAAUAAACUGCACAAGAAGGCACCUUCUUCUAGAGGGGGGAGUCGAACUAUCAAGAAGAACCCUCCUGCUACAUCUUCCCGUCGCGUUCUCGGCCCAGAAUGGGCCCCACGCGCGUAUUACAGAGGAGGCACUGCCAUCGAUCCAGCAAAGUUGUAUACCCAGAGAGGCGGAGUACUCAAAGCAUACCUACCCUCGAAGCCAGGGCAACGUCCAGGGCUAGCACCAUCACCAGGACUAGGUCCACCACCAAGAAUUAGCCCACCACCAGGACUAGCACCACCUCCAGGAUUGGGACCACCUCCGCCGCCAGGUCCACUACCGUCCACAUGGGCAAACCUAAUCAACACCACCAAUCCUCAACGAAUACAAUCCCUCAGCCUCAUACCCCACCGUAUCCCCUCAAACCCACCCCCCCGAACACACCAACAACCACAACAACGAACCCCACACGAAGCCUUCUGGCACCAAAUCGCCACCAUCACGCCCCUCCCCUACGACCCCAAAUCCGCAAGCGCAGAGGAAUUGCGCCAACUAGCACACGCGCGGUUCAUCGAAAUCGACAAAGAAGCUGCCGCAAUGGCGCACGCGGAGAUCAAACGGCGAAACGAGGAAAGAGAAGCAGAGAUAGAGAAGGGGAAUGACGGCUAUGCAGAGACCGAGGAUGGAGCUAGAGUUGAGGUAGGGUCAGGUUGUGGACACGAGAGUGGAGAUGCAUUGGUGGAACAAAGCGGGAAUCCCAGGAAAUUAAGGAAGAAAUCUCGUCCAAGUCCGGAGGUUAGGAGUGGAAUGGAGUGGAGUAGGAAUCAUGAUAUGGGGAUGGGGUUUGGCUCUGGUCCUAGCCAUGGGAGACGGGACUGAGCUGUGGAUCCCACAAAACGCGAAUACACUUCGGAGAAGUGGUGGCGCGAGAGUAGGCCGUGUCGAGAUACUACUAGACGUGAUGCAAUGGUAGUAACGGCAAUGGUAACAGCAAUGGUAACAGCAAUGGCGAAGGAGCCAGCGCGGGGGAAGCCCCAGGAGCAGAGAAAAAUACCGAGAGCCCAGAUCCAUGCACAAUUUUA